AUGCAAGCACCGCUAAGCUUUCUGAUGACAAUUUUCUCUUUCUCCAUUCCACGGGCUGUGUUUCAACAACAAUCUCGAGGAGGACUGGCACCAGUUUUGGAGGACAACGUAGGAACCAGAAAACAUUCAACAUUCUGCCUUUGUCGAAUAGACGACGGAAGAAUCAGCGCGUUGGCUGUUCGACUGACACUCAGAAGUUCGGAUGAAAUCUUGUGUGCCGACUUGAAUGUGGUGUGUUAUUCAGUAUCCGGUCAAAUUCAUUCCAUCGAUGCGUGUCAGAUGAUGAUCGGUGCAAUGGAGUGUAAAAAAAAGGGUGACUAUAGUUCAAUCCUACUAAGCCAGCCUUCGGCUUCAGCAAGUAAUUUGCAAGUCGAAAACAAGUUACAAAAAAAUUCAAGUGUCAUUUAA